GUUCACAAUCGAAUAAGUGACCGAAGAGGCCGAACGAAGAGACUGUUAAUAUUAAAAAAAAACAAAUGAAAUUGUACGGCUAUUGUUUAUAAAUUUGGCGGCAAAUGAUCAAAGAAGGUUUUACUUAUACUUUUUUUAACUAUAGUUUUAAAUUUGAAAUGGAACGAUGAAAUGGUUAGCGUUGUUGUCAUUGAUUGCCGCCAAUGUGGUAAAGGAGCCCAGUCCAGUGAUUCGUGUGGAAAGUGGUUUGCUUAGAGGUAGAAUUAGUGAUAACGGCCUGUUUUAUCAGUUCUUUGGCAUACCGUACGGGACUGUUAAUGAGAAGAAUCGCUUUCAAGCACCGCUGCCCGCACCAAAAUGGGAUGGAAUUUUCGAGGCCAUCGACGAGAAUUGCAGAUGUCCCCAGAAAAUGAUCGGCUCCGUGGUCGCGGGUCAAAACGACUGUCUGAAGCUAAAUAUCUACACUCCCAUCGCAGCAAAACAUGACAAACUUCCCGUGAUGGUCUACAUACACGGAGGAAGCUUCUUCGAGGGCACCGGUACCGCAUUCCUGUAUGGCCCCGAUUUCUUCGUUGAAAGAGACGUCAUAUUUGUCGGCAUCAACUAUAGGCUUAACGUUGAGGGAUUUCUAUGCUUGGGCAUCAAGGAAGCGCCAGGAAAUGCUGGCUUGAAAGACCAAAGCGCGGCCUUAAGAUGGAUCAAGAGAAAUAUCAUAGCGUUUGGGGGAGACCCUGAUAAUGUCACUUUAUUCGGUGAAAGUGCUGGAGCUGUGUCUGUCUCCUAUCACAUUAUUUCCCCACUGUCAAAAGAUCUCUUCCAAAGAGCAAUCAUUCAAAGUGGUUCAACGUUAGCACCUUGGAGUCUUCAGCACGACCCUAUCAAGACUGCGAGUAGUUUAGCCAAGGAAUUCGGAUAUAACGGAAGUGAUCCUUUUGAAAUUUACAAUAUAUUAUCAAGAAGAACAGUUGAAGAAUUAAUAGGGAAACUGAAACCCGAAAGACCAAAGACUUUAAUUACCGCUGAAGUACUUUUUACUCCCUGUGUUGAAAAGGAAAUAGCUGGUGUUGAUGCUAUGAUAACAGAUUAUCCAGCUGACAUAAUUAGUUCAGGAAACUAUACCAAAGUACCUAUGAUAGUAGGUUACAACGAUCGCGAAGGUAUAUAUUUCGUAUCUUCAGAUUUCGGCACAAGUUUAAAGGAAACGCCGGAAGACCUCCUCAAGGAAGAUUUACAAUUCCCCUCCGAGUGGAACAGAAACAAAACGGUGGCGGGUAUACACGAGCAUUAUUUCGCGUCGGGGAGGGAGGAUUUAAUUAUGGAUAUGGUUAAUUUAUAUUCGGAUCUGCAUUUUAAAUAUCCAGCGGUGAUUGAAUCAGAGCUGUACGCGAAAACGAAUGACCGGCCGAUGUAUUAUUAUCUGUUUAAAUACAGUGGGUUUAUAAAUAACGCCAAGUUUAUAUCCCAAUUUGUUUUCACGAAAGGUGCGUCGCACGCAGAUGAGUUGUUUUACCUGUUCAAACCGCACACUUUCCCGUUGCCAACCAGAUAUUUGGAGUUGAAAAUGAUUGAGCGUAUGGUCACGUUGUGGACGAACUUUGCUAAAUACGGUGACCCAACUCCUUCAACAACCAAACUGCUACCAGUGAAGUGGAAACCCAGCAGAUCCUGGAACCCCACAGCACUCGUAAUUGACCACCAGAUGACCACAGGACCGAUGUGGGAUGAAGACUCUGUGAGAUUCUGGAAUGACACUUAUAACAAGUAUAGAAGAAGAAAUUAUGGUUUGUUGACUCCCGUCGUUGAGAUCAGUCAAGGCAAACUGCAAGGUUUAAGGAGUGUGUUUGGACAAAACCGGUAUUAUAAUAUACCUUACGCAGUUGCGGAUAGAUUUCAGAAACCCAAAAGGCCACCCAAUUGGAAAGGUAUCUUUAAAGCCAUUUAUCGCAGUCCAUCGCUUAAAUGUCCACAAUGGAGAGCUUCUUCUUUAAUCGGCGUAGAAGAUUGUCUACUCCUCGACGUAUAUACACCAGAAUGGACGGAACCGAAUGAAAAAGUUCCUGUCAUGGUGUAUUUCCACGGUGGAGCUUACUACAUGGGCGCCAAGAAUCUAUACGACCCAGAAUUUUUAGUAAUCAAAAGUGUCAUUGUGGUCACUGUCAAUUAUCGGCUCGGUGUGCUUGGAUUUCUGUGUUUAAACGAUAUAUCCAACCUUGGACUUAGAGAUCAAGUGGCUGCGUUGAAAUGGAUCCGAAAUAAUAUAGCUAGCUUUGGUGGCGACGAUGAAAAUGUGACGAUUUGUGGAGAGAGCGCCGGCGCCAGCUCAGCGUCAUUCCACAUGCUAUCCAAAGUCAGUACAGGACUAUUUCAUAAAGCAAUUCUUAUGAGUGGAACAGCGCUUUCGGCGUGGGCUUUUAAUGUGGAACCUGUUCAACCAGCUUUCCAAGACGCUAAAAAUAUUGCACCAGUAAAAUCUAAAGACGAUGUUAUAAAACUAUUUACGAAGACGCCUCUAAAGACAUUAAUAAAAGCAACCAAAGAUACAUCAGUAAACCCUAGAUAUUUCAAGUAUUCGCCGUGCGUUGAUACCAAUUCCUCAGAUCCAUUCUUUAUCGACGCUCCAUACAAUAUAAUUAAAUCGAGAAACUUUAAUCAGGUACCAGUCAUGAUGGGUUACACUGAAUCCGAGGGGUCAUACUUUUAUGGCUUAUUAAAUGAAGAAUCAGUAAUGAAAUUGAAUGAUAAUUUCGAAGAAAUGAUUCCAUGCUUAUUCACCUGGUGUUCUGAUAAUAAAAGAAGAGAAAUAGCUAGCUUAUUACGUGCCCAUUAUUUUGAUACAGAAAAUAUUACUAUGAAUUCUAUAGACAGUUUAGUAAAAUACUAUUCAGAUUGGGUAGCAUAUGCUGCCAUAGCUGCUUUUUCAAGAGUAUUAACAAAAUUUUCAAAUAAGCCUGUAUACAAUUAUUUAUUCGCCUAUGAAGGAGACAGAGAGUUUGCUAGACUCUUCGUACCACAGCUAAAAGGACCAGUUCAUGGAGGGGAACUCUUCUAUAUAUUUAAACCUUUUGGAAUCUCAAUGAUUCUUUCCGCACGAGACAGAAGAUUUAUCGACAAAUUAACAACCAUGAUAGCCAAUUUUAUGAAAAAUGGAAACCCAACCCCAAAAACCACAACGUACCUUCCUGUACAAUGGCCACCAGCAACCUUGAACUCUUCUAAUAUCAUGGUACUGGACAAGCAACUGACUGUGAUGGAACAACCAUUUAAACGUCACAGGGGAGAUUUUUUAUUGAGCCUGCUGUGCAAAUAUGGACUGCCAGGGUACGUCCCCUGCGAGAGUGCUCAGAUGUGCACGCGUCUGUAGAAUACUUUAGUUUGAAAAUUGUAGUAUUAAAUACCUCACCUAGCUAUUUUGUUCACAUUUUUUUCAAAUAAACUGUACAAGUGCAAUAUAU